UACAAAAUUAGGGUAUAUUAAGCCCCAUUUCUUCUCCCACGCUCAUAGGAAUCCCAGAGCUCGAAACUUCACUCUAUACGUACACACCUCUCUCUGUAUAUAUACACAUCGAAAUCGGAGUAUCGUUAAAUAAGAAUGGCGACGUUUGAGUUGUACAGGAGAUCGACGAUUGGCAUGUGCCUGACGGAGACGCUUGACGAGAUGGUUUCGAGUGGUGUUCUCAGCCCUGAGCUCGCCAUUCAAGUCCUUGUUCAAUUUGACAAGUCGAUGACUGAGGCAUUGGAAAACCUGGUGAAGAGCAAGGUUUCUAUUAAGGGACAUCUUCACACCUACAGAUUCUGUGACAACGUUUGGACUUUCAUCUUACAAAAUGCUCAGUUGAAGAGCGAAGAUUUUCAGGAGAUGGUUGGUCACGUGAAGAUUGUGGCUUGCGACUCAAAACUGCUUACACAGUGAGGAGACAAAUGAAAGGGAGAAUUUACUUCUAUCCUGUUUGUAUUUGCUUGCGACGGUGUGGAUUAGUCACUUUGUACAAACCAAACGUGUAUUAGGCAGAAUAAAUUCUGUCGAUUGUAUUACUUAGAUAUUUGCUCAGUUCAUAAGCUAUCGAUUUCUAGAA